AUGUCUCUUGUUAAUAUUUUAGAUAUCAAGGUCUUAAACAACCCUGCUGCCUUUACGAGUUCUUUUGAAUUUGAAAUUACAUUUGAAUGCAAUGCUCCACUUGAAGAUGAUCUCGAAUGGAAGAUGAUUUACGUAGGUGCACCUGAAACUUCAGAAUAUGAUCAAGUUCUUGAGUCUAUCAUGGUGGGUCCUAUUCCUGUUGGCGUCAACAAGUUCGUCUUUUCUGCUGAUGCACCCAAUGUUGAUUUACUGCCAAGAAGCAACUUAUUAGAAGUUACAGUUGUCUUACUAAGCUGUCUCUAUAAAGAAAAGGAGUUCGUGCGUGUUGGAUAUUAUGUUAAUAAUGAAUAUGUCGAUGAAGAACUACGCGAAAAUCCUCCUGAGGAUGUCUUGAUUGACAAGUUGCAAAGGAAUAUUCUGGCUGAUAAGCCAAAGGUGACUAGGUAA